AUGUCGAUACGUCCUGUCGUCCUUGAGGACUUUCCAGAGACGUCUUUCGAAGAUAUUGAAACGACAGUGAGUCCCGUAAACUGGCCCAAGCCUUACAAAAGUCAUCAAUCAUCACCUUUAAAGGAAGGCGGGGGAGCACCUUCAACUGCCAGCUCCGAAAGCACAACCUUUUCGAAUAACAAAAAGCGAUACUCCACGCACACUGAAAGCGAUGAAGAAGGAAGUGCAUUUCUGGACGACUUUGAGGAAUUUCGUGGCAAAGGCACAACCGAUGAUUUAGUGCAGACACAUUUUGCACAGAGGGAAGAGGAAGACGGCAGUCCUUUUGACGAGAGGCUAGAGGAUAGGGAUGAACUUGAUACACUGACUAAAAGGUUUGAAAAUAAAGUAGACCUCAAAAGCAGAAAUUUGAGUGGGAUUUCAAGGCCAAAACCGACACUCAGUCGUUCAUUCAAACAACCGCAAUCAAUGCUCAACCUACGGGAGCGUACAGGGAAACAGAUACCUUCGAGCAAUCGGCCACAUGAACUCACGAACAGCAGGUCUGCCACAAGUUUGAGGCCGGGGAGCAGGUUAGGGUCGAGAGGAAUUCAGUAUAAAAACUCAAUGCCAGUGUUAUCCAGGUACGAUAUCAUACGUGAAGAAAACGAACAUGAGAAUUACAAUGACGAGUUUGAGGAUGAUUUGAAGUUCGACAAAGGGCUUUUGCAACCCCAAUUUCUCACGGAGGAUGAUCUCAAGUCGCCAUUGAAUCUAUCGCCUUCCCAGUACACUAUAACUGCUGAUGAUUCUUUGUUAACUCCUCAAUUGCAUAAAAGGCAUCGCGAGUGGAUAAAACCUAGUCAGCUUAACAUGUUCAGGGAACCACUGCGGCACAACAAACCUUCCACCACUAAACUCAAUAAUACCAAGAAGCUUUCCGUAAAUCAUCGCUUAAAAACUAUCAAGCAAGAAAUAGACCAUAACACGCCGAUGAAAAAAGGAAGAAUGAUUUACAAUCCCGAAACACUGAGUUGGGAAGGUAAUGAGAAGGCGCUUUCAAAAUUUCGGGAUGUUGAUUCAUAUGACAAGAAGGCUAUUAUCAUUCAGGGCAAGCCGGACCUUAAACCACCUCGCGAAAAAAAAUCUAGCUCAAAGUUAGGGGCCAAGCAACAUGGAAAAGUUGUUGGCCGAAUGAUGUUUGAUCAAGAAAAUUUGUGCUGGAUCAGAAUUGAUGGUGACGAAAAGGACCCUUUCAAAGAAAUUCCAGACUUCAUUCCUCCUUCCAAUGUCCAAAGCGGCUAUCCGAUGAAAGGGCUAUCGUCAAAGAGAUCUCAGAGCCAGUUUGGCCCUAACCGGCAAAGCUUAAGUGGACGUUUUUCGUCAUCUGCAACAACUCGGUACCAUUCUUUGAGCACAGGUCCGUCGAGUCACGACUCUACUUUCAAUAUUGACUCCAAAACUUUAGAAAAAUUCUACCACGAGGAAAAUAAGUGGAGUAGAAAAGUUGGUGGGUGGUUCAUUCUGCGAGAUGCUGAGAUGGAUGAAUACGACAACGAACAAGGACUGCCCGACCCCAAGAGUAAUGGCUAUAUGUACGAAAUUCGAAAUAUGGUGAUAAGUUCGGCACGCAACUAA